CGCCGCCGCCCCCUCCCCGCCCGGGCCCUCCCGCCGCACGGCCCCGGCCCCCUCCCCGCCCGCCGCUCCGGAGAGCCGCCCGCCGAGGAUGCGACGCACUGCAGUGUUCUAAGAACGGAAGCAUCUGGGCUGAAUGGAAUUUAGCAUCAAGCAGAGUCCCCUUUCUGUUCAGAGUGUUGUAAAGUGCAUAAAGAUGAAGCAGACACCAGAAAUCCUCGGCAGUACCAACGGGAAGACUCCGAGCUGUGAGGUGAAUCGCGAGUGUUCUGUGUUCCUCAGCAAAGCCCAGCUCUCCAGCAGCCUGCAGGAGGGGGUCAUGCAGAAGUUUAACGGCCAUGACGCCCUGCCCUUUAUUCCAGCUGACAAGCUGAAAGAUCUUACUUCCCGGGUGUUUAAUGGAGAACCUGGUGCACAUGAUGCCAAAUUGCGUUUUGAGUCCCCAGAAAUGAAAGGGAUUGGGACACCACCUAACACUACCCCUAUCAAAAAUGGCUCUCCAGAAAUUAAGCUGAAAAUCACCAAAACAUACAUGAAUGGGAAGCCUCUUUUUGAAUCUUCCAUUUGUGGUGACGGUGCUGCUGAUGUAUCUCAGUCAGAAGAAAAUGGACAAAAACCAGAAAACAAGGCGAGAAGGAACAGGAAGAGGAGCAUAAAAUAUGACUCCUUGCUGGAGCAGGGCCUUGUCGAAGCAGCUCUGGUGUCUAAGAUCUCAAGUCCUUCAGAUAAAAAGAUUCCAGCUAAGAAAGAGUCUUGUCCAAACAUUGGCAGAGACAAAGACCACCUGUUGAAAUACAACGUCGGUGAUUUGGUGUGGUCCAAAGUGUCGGGUUAUCCUUGGUGGCCUUGCAUGGUUUCUGCAGAUCCACUCCUUCACAGCUAUACCAAACUUAAAGGUCAGAAAAAGAGUGCACGCCAGUAUCACGUACAGUUCUUUGGUGACGCCCCAGAAAGAGCUUGGAUAUUUGAGAAGAGCCUUGUAGCUUUUGAAGGAGAAGGACAGUUUGAAAAAUUAUGCCAGGAAAGUGCCAAGCAGGCACCCACGAAAGCUGAGAAAAUUAAGCUAUUGAAACCUAUUUCAGGGAAAUUGAGGGCCCAGUGGGAAAUGGGUAUUGUUCAGGCAGAAGAAGCUGCAAGCAUGUCAGUGGAGGAGCGGAAAGCCAAGUUCACCUUUCUAUAUGUGGGAGACCAGCUUCAUCUCAACCCUCAAGUAGCCAAGGAGGCUGGCAUUGCUGCAGAAUCUUCAGGAGAAAUGGCAGAAUCCUCAGGAGUUAGUGAAGAAGCUGCUGAAAACCCCAAGUCUGUGAGAGAAGAGGGCAUUCCCAUGAAGAGAAGGCGGAGGGCCAAACUGUGUAGCUCUGCGGAGACCCUGGAGAGUGAGCCCAACAUAGAGAAGAGUACUCCUCAAAAGACAGCAGAGGCUGACCCCAGAAGAGGUGUAGGGUCUCCUCCUGGGAGGAAGAAGGCCACAGUCUCCACACCACGAAGCAGGAAGGGAGAUGCAGCAUCCCAAUUUUUAGUCUUCUGUCAAAAACACAGGGAUGAGGUGGUGGCUGAGCACCCAGAUGCUUCAGGUGAGGAGAUUGAAGAGCUGCUCAGGUCACAGUGGAGUCUGCUGAGUGAGAAGCAGAGAGCGCGUUACAACACCAAGUUUGCCCUGGUGGCCCCUGUCCAGGCUGAAGAAGACUCUGGUCACAUAAAUGGGAAAAAAAGAAACCACACAAAGAGGACACAGGACCCUCCAGAAGAUCUUGAAGCUGAAGACACACCCAGGAAAAGACUCAGGACAGACAAGCACAGUCUUCGGAAGAGAGACACAAUCACUGACAAAACGGCCAGAACAAGCUCUUACAAGGCCAUGGAGGCAGCCUCCUCGCUCAAGAGCCAGGCAGCAACGAAAAAUCUGUCUGAUGCAUGUAAACCACUGAAGAAGCGAAAUCGGGCUUCCACGGCAGCAUCUUCAGCUCUUGGGUUUAGCAAAAGUUCAUCUCCUUCUGCAUCCUUAACUGAGAAUGAGGUCUCGGACAGCCCAGGAGACGAGCCCUCAGAGUCCCCGUACGAAAGUGCCGACGAAACGCAAACUGAAGUGUCUGUCUCAUCCAAAAAGUCUGAGCGAGGAGUGACAGCCAAAAAGGAAUAUGUGUGCCAGCUGUGUGAGAAGCCAGGCAGCCUCCUGCUGUGUGAAGGACCCUGCUGUGGAGCUUUCCACCUCGCCUGCCUUGGGCUUUCCCGGAGGCCAGAAGGGAGGUUCACCUGCAGCGAGUGUACCUCAGGGAUUCACUCAUGUUUCGUGUGUAAAGAGAACAAGACCGAUGUUAAGCGCUGUGUGGUAACUCAGUGUGGAAAAUUUUAUCACGAGGCUUGUGUGAAAAAAUACCCUCUGACUGUGUUUGAGAGCCGAGGGUUCCGCUGCCCUCUCCACAGCUGUGUGAGCUGCCACGCUUCCAACCCUUCAAACCCAAGGCCGUCGAAAGGUAAAAUGAUGCGGUGUGUCCGCUGCCCUGUUGCCUAUCACAGCGGGGAUGCUUGUCUGGCGGCGGGGUGCUCAGUGAUCGCCUCCAACAGCAUCAUCUGCACGGCCCAUUUCACUGCUCAAGGGAAGCGGCACCACGCCCACGUUAAUGUGAGCUGGUGCUUCGUGUGCUCCAAAGGGGGGAGCCUUCUGUGCUGUGAGUCUUGCCCGGCGGCCUUCCACCCUGACUGCCUGAACAUCGAGAUGCCUGAUGGCAGCUGGUUCUGCAAUGACUGCAGGGCUGGGAAGAAGCUGCACUUCCAGGAUAUCAUUUGGGUGAAACUGGGGAACUACAGAUGGUGGCCGGCAGAAGUUUGCCAUCCCAAAAAUGUUCCCCCAAAUAUUCAGAAAAUGAAGCACGAGAUUGGAGAAUUCCCUGUGUUUUUCUUUGGGUCUAAAGAUUAUUACUGGACGCAUCAGGCGCGAGUGUUCCCGUACAUGGAGGGGGACCGGGGCAGCCGCUACCAGGGGGUCAGAGGGAUCGGAAGAGUCUUCAAAAACGCACUGCAAGAAGCUGAAGCUCGUUUUCGUGAAAUUAAGCUUCAGAGGGAAGCCCGAGAAACACAGGAGAGUGAGCGCAAGCCCCCACCAUACAAGCAUAUCAAGGUGAAUAAGCCUUAUGGGAAAGUCCAGAUCUACACAGCGGAUAUUUCUGAAAUCCCGAAGUGUAACUGCAAGCCCACAGAUGAGAAUCCCUGUGGCUUUGACUCGGAGUGUUUGAACAGGAUGCUCAUGUUUGAGUGCCACCCGCAGGUGUGUCCUGCAGGCGAGUUCUGUCAGAACCAGUGCUUCACCAAGCGCCAGUACCCAGAGACCAAGAUCAUCAAGACAGAUGGCAAAGGGUGGGGCCUGGUCGCCAAGAGGGACAUCAGAAAGGGAGAAUUUGUUAACGAGUACGUCGGGGAGGUGAUUGACGAGGAGGAGUGCAUGGCCAGAAUCAAGCAUGCGCAUGAGAACGACAUCACCCACUUCUACAUGCUCACUAUAGACAAGGACCGUAUAAUUGAUGCUGGACCCAAAGGAAACUACUCUCGAUUUAUGAAUCACAGCUGCCAGCCCAACUGUGAGACCCUCAAGUGGACAGUGAAUGGGGACACUCGUGUGGGCCUGUUCGCCGUCUGUGACAUUCCGGCAGGGACAGAGCUGACUUUUAACUACAACCUCGAUUGUUUGGGCAAUGAAAAAACAGUCUGCCGGUGUGGAGCCUCCAAUUGCAGUGGAUUCCUCGGGGACAGACCAAAGACCUCGACAACCCUUUCUUCAGAGGAAAAAGGCAAAAAGGCCAAGAAGAAAACCAGGCGGCGCCGAGCCAAAGGGGAAGGGAAGAGGCAGUCGGAGGAUGAGUGCUUCCGCUGUGGCGAUGGUGGGCAGCUGGUGCUGUGUGACCGCAAGUUCUGCACCAAGGCCUACCACCUGUCCUGCCUGGGCCUAGGCAAGCGGCCCUUCGGGAAGUGGGAAUGUCCUUGGCAUCAUUGUGACGUGUGUGGCAAACCUUCGACUUCAUUUUGCCACCUCUGCCCCAAUUCGUUCUGUAAGGAGCACCAGGAUGGGACAGCCUUCAGCUGCACCCCGGACGGGCGGUCCUACUGCUGUGAGCAUGACUUGGGGGCAGCGUCGGUCAGAAGCACCAAGACUGAGAAGCCCCCCCCAGAGCCAGGGAAGCCGAAGGGGAAGAGGCGGCGGCGGAGGGGCUGGCGGAGAGUUACGGAGGGCAAAUAGCGCCAGGCAGCAGCCUGGCCAGAUCCAGGGGCGGUGCAGGGCAGCCGGCCCUGCCUUCAGCAGAGGGCGAGCGUGAACUGGCCCAGAGGACCCAGCUCGAGCCUCCAGGACAGACGUACAGGCCUCCUCGGGAGGGAGCGCCUCCCCACCACUGAGCCAUCCUCGGCAGCACGUGCUGCGUCUGCACUGAUGACCGUCUGAGCCCAGCUCAGCGUUCCUGGACAAGCAGCCUCACCCCUCAACGUUACCGCCACACUUGAAUUUCUCAGAAUGUCAAGGUUCCCUCCCGCUCUCUUUUUUAGUUUAAAGUUAAUUGGCCUAUGAAAUGUUUUAAUCUCCUCUGAAAUGUGUAGCGUAGGCUUUUCCCGAGGGUCGCUAGGAACUCGGCUUCGCAUUGCUCUGCUUCUGCUUUCAGCGCCGUUGCCACUCAGGAGAGGCCGGGUGAGGCCCGUGUGAGGACUGACCCUGGAUUCCUCGAAACCGCCAUUGUCAUCGUUACUCUGCUCUUUGGAAAUGGCUGUAUCAUUUUUUUGUACUAAUGUGAAUUAUUCCUCAAAUGCUUCUUUUCCAUCCUAGUGAGAAGCUGGCCCUGCAGGCGGUGGCAGCAAUGGCGGUGUCAGAUUUCCUCCGUCUUCUCCUUAUGGAUUUAAGCGAAAUGCCGAUAACACGUCCACUUUCACCGUGUGGUUCACGCGGAGCACUUUCGAGGGCUGGCCGGGCCGGGCCACUUUGCCCCUGGGUCUGUCUUCUGAACUCGCUAGGUUCUUAUCUACAUUUGGGGGAGAAGUUUGUAUAUUUUUUCAUUUGGCUUUUCUUUACCAAUUUCUGAUUUUUAUUCUCAAUAUAUUUUUGCUAAACCUAUUUCACAAAUCACCACCGACUGAAAUGUGUGUUUACUGAUGCGACCCUGAGUUCCAUGGCGAAAGGAGUGACCUCUGCAGGGCCCAAGACCGCAGUCUGCUCACAGCACAGGAAAUGACAACUUAGGGAGCCCCACAGGGUCCCAGGGACCACAGCACGUGGGUCUGAGGAGAGCCCAGAGCGGCUUCCGUCUCAGCACCCCGUGGGUCUGCUGAUGGAAGACGCAGACUCCGCUGGUGGUGGUUGCCCUUCGCCAGGGCAAAGGGCAGCCACUAAGAAGUGUGGUCGUGGGGGUGGAGGCCGGCCUGGUGCGUGUGUGUGCCUUGCGUGUCUGGGCACUGGUCGAGGCCCGGUCUGACACCCUCUCCCUGUGAGAUUUCAAAAGGUCCAGCCCUACAAAGUGAGACCUAGCUGAGUACUUCCUAUGUUGCUUGUAAGACUUGGUUCUUUUUUGAGGGACCCUGAGCCCUGGGAAGUCUGGAGUGCCCUGAGAAGGGGGCACCGUGUGUGCUUUUGCCCGCGUGCCCUGAGGAGCUGCUGCUUUCCGGUAGGGGUGGGAGUGAGAACAUUCAGCAGCAGGUGCUUUUUUAUGGCUUUUUCUUCUUAAAAUAUCCUAAGGAGGACACAUCCAUGCUGCAGAAAAGUUUACAAAACUCCUCUUUAAAACUUCUGCUGGGGUCUCCUGUCACUUUCCGUGUCAUCUUUGACACCUUGUCAACCUGCAGCGUCUGGACCUGAAACCGGCUGCUCCGGGGUUUUCUGACCUGCACAUGUCGAGUGGCCCCCCGCAGCUCCCACGCCUCCCUGAGCACUGACUGGAAGUUUCACUGGCUGGUGGCUGUCCCUUCUCCCAUCAUGGCCCCCAGCAAAGUCAACUACACAGAGGACCCAGAGGAAAUGAGCCGUGUGGCCACUGACUUGCACACGCGUGGCCGUGGCCUCUGAGGUGCACUCACCGGUUAAGACGGGUGGGAGUGCUUUCCAGUUCACGCAAGCGUCUCUCAAACUGUCCUAAGAAAAUACUGGAUCAGCUCAUACAUUUAUGCUCCUUAUGCCCUCACUUGGCAGGCUGUUGCAGGGAGAGGCCGGGCAGUGUCCCCCACACGUGCGUGGCCCUGGCCUUUGGAGUCUAAGGCCCCAGGGCCCCGCCGUCACUUGCCCAAAAGAUCCUUUGCAGCAGCAAAGGAACCAAUCACACUUAUGUGAAAACAUCAGAACUGGCUUUGCAGUGCACUUUGGGGCACAGGUAUUAACUUAUUUUUGUGUUUGACAGAAGUAAAAUCUUAGGACUUAGUCACUUUGUUAAUACUUCCAAAUUGUGAUCUUUCUUAAGGAAAUUCUGCAAAAAUUUUAAAUAUGGUUCCUCCCUCUGUCCAAAAACUGUUAAACUAAUGAACAAAUAACACUAACUUUGAAUGUCUCUAGCAUACCAGGUGGUGACUCGGCGAAACCAGACUUUGGGGUACUGGUCCGAGCCUGCAGGUCUUCUCUCCCUGGGGCUCACCAGGCCCCCGGCUGUGACCGUGGAUGUGCCUGGCGCUCGGCCCUGCGUGCGCAGCUGUGUUCCGAGGACGAGGUGACUUCCUGAACUUCACUUCUGUCAUUCAUGUGAGGCAAAACACAAAAACUGCCCCCACCCCUCAGGAUCCCUUGGCAUCUGAAACCAACCAGGAUCUGCACCUACACCCAUAUCCACCCGCGUGUCCUCACAGGGGAUGUGUCUGAUUGGGCAGCUUAGAAUGUCACCUGUGGGAAAACUCCUCCGGCACCUCAAGUGAGGACCCAGCUGUCGGUCCUUGGGCCGCCUUCCCGGUGACGCCCGUCUGGGUCCCUUUCAGUGCUUGUCUUGACAUUAAACCCCAACAUGUGCGGUGCCCACCUUCCAGAACUACCUGUUUUAUAAUUAAAGUUAAUACAAAUGACUGUCAGUUGCCAAAUAUCUUGAUCCUGUGAGUGUAGUUGGCUGUUGUUAGCGGGUAGAUAAAAUGCUGUGUCCGUGGGUGCUGAGGUGCGAAAUGCCAUCAGAAAUUAAAUGCAAACUUAAAUGUGCCGAUUGGUGUCUAAACUUCAUACAAUAUAAGGUCGGAUUCCUUUUAGGAAUACUGGGUGCUGUCACCAGGUUUGAUAGUUAGACUUAAAAACUUGAAAUUACUUUUGGGGGGAUAUACUCAACUAGCGACUUGAGACUUCCCAGUUGGGGAAAAUAGCAUCUAAAGUGGAAAGCUGUGUUUGGAAAAUAGUGUACGAGUAUUUUUGUAUUAAAAACAUUUUAAAGGC